AUCUCCCUUCGGCCUCGAACUUCCUCCAUACACAGAAAUAAGAUUGACACGUUAGGGCAAAGAGGGAAUGGAAGGAAAGUUGGCAAGGAAAGCCCAGGCGUGAUCGCUACGUCGUGAGGGAUAUCGUCGCCGAGAGAUGACGCCACCGGUGGCGGGCAAGGCUGGCAUCGUACGAAGAGGAGGAAGGCUUUCCGACGUGAAGUCGUGCGAGACCAGAGAGGUGAACGCGAGAGCGGAGGUCGAGGAUGCUCUGAGGCGCCGUUCUGUCUUGACUCGGAAGGCACGCAUCAUAUGCGAGGUUUGUCACAAGCGGAUUGCCAAAGGUAAAAUGGCGUCCAGUGAACAAGCUGAAGAUCCUAUGAUGCCUCCUACAGUGGAUGUAAACAUUUCUCGGUCAAAAAUAGACGAGGAGGGAUCAUCAAUUACUUUAUUGGCCAACGAGGACAAUGAGUCGUGUAAUGCUGCUGCUGAUGAGGAAGUGACGAAAGAAGCGAUGUCAGAACAGAAGGGACAGAACAACGCAACGGAAGAAAGGAAAGAUGAUGUAGAACACCAAAGUAAACAUGAUUUGAGGUCACAGAUAACCGAUAAGAAUGAGCAGAAAGAAGACGUAAGAGGAGUAAAGCAAGAAACGGGGAGCAUGUCUCCGGAACAUCUCCAGGACGAUACGAAGGAUCCCGCUAGUAACGAAGAUGAUUCGGUGAAGAGUGGAGCUGCUUUGAGGCGGAAACGGAAGAGCCAAAGUUCCAGCAUUUCGCCAAUGGAUUCUCCCAUGGACGAGAGCGGCGUGAGAACCAAGAGGAAAAAGCUGAAGAGCACGAACGACAGAUUCUGUUGGCGGUGUCACAAAGAGCCCGUGGACGUUUACUGCACCGCUUGUCCUCGCUCGUGGCACCGCAAGUGCAUAGGCGGCACGCCGCCCUCCCCGCAGAAAUGGAUAUGCGGGGAGUGCGCGACCAUCUUGACGGCCGAAAACGCCGAGACCCGUUCCACGGCCAUGGCCCAAUUGUCGGUGGAUCAGUUGUGCAUGUUGCUCAAAUACGUGGUCGAGAGACUUCGCGAAUACCCUGGUUCCGAACCAUUCUGCAAGGCGGUGGAUCUGGACGAAGUGCCGAAUUAUUUGGAUUAUGUCAUCAAGCCGAUGGACUUGAGCCUUUUGGAGUCCAAUGUGCGGUCCAAGCUCUACGGCAGCACGGAUGCGUUCAUGGCCGAUGCCAAGUGGAUCCAACACAAUUGCAUCGUUUUCAACACGUGUGGCGGCGUUUAUGCGGAUACGUCAAAGCUAACAAAUGCCUCGAAGCAGAUUAUCAAAGUAGCACGCUCUGAGGUUUCGGAGAUCGAAGCGUGUCCCGAUUGUUACGCGCACGGCCGGAAUCUGCCCCGGCCCCAACCAACCUGGUUCAUAGAGCCUUGUCGUCGACCGCAUCCGCUCGUUUGGGCGAAGCUGAAGGGAUUCCCGUUUUGGCCGGCGAAGGCGAUGCCGCGCUUGAAUUCCCAGGGUUUCGUCGAUGUGCGUUUCUUCGGCGAACACGAUCGAGCAUGGGUAUCUCCGAAGGAUCUCUAUCUGUAUUCCGAAGAACCACCGGCGCCGUCGCCGCGUAAGAGGAAGUCCGACAUGGACGAAUGCGUUCGCGAAAUUACACGCCACUGCCGAAAAUUGGAGCUCAUGUUCGGCCAGUUCAAAUUUGCACCGUCCAAGGUGCAGUACAAUCCGAAUGAUCCGAUGCAGAUAACGCUGAUGUUGCCGAAUUACAAUCCCAUGGAUCCCAACAACCGUUUGGUCAACGUCGAAUCUUUCGACUCAAAGAGAAGGCCGCCUCCGAGGAAACGGAGUCUGAACAAAUCGCUAAACGACGGAUUGGUUAACGAGAUCAAGGAGGAACCGAACUCCUCGAAAAACAGCGUAGACGGUGAUAACCAGGAGGAGGAAGCUUCGCCGCUGGAAAAAGUGCAAAAAUUAGAUCCCAACGUCGCUAAAAACAACCCGCAGAAUAAUUUAAACGGUAAUCACAGUAAGUUAAGUGAGAAGGUGGACCAAGAGGUCGGUCCAUCAGUUGCUCAAAACAAAUCGGCGAAGGACGGAGCGAAGAGAGUGAAGACGCCGUUGGUGAAAGGCAACAACGGGCCUAACAGGACCGUAUCGGGUAAUCCUCAGAAAGUGAAGAAUGACGCAAAAUCAGAGCAGUCGGCCAAACCGCCUCGCGAGUCGGCCGAGGUAAAACGAAUGCGGAAGAGAAGCUCCGUGAAAAAUGCCGUCUCUCCCAAACACGAGGCUUUGCAGAACAUGCUAAAGUCGCCGGCGAAGAACGCCGCCAAGAGCAGUUUGUGCAAGACGUACAAGCCGAAGAAGCAAAUGGUCGACAAACUGAACGCGGAGCAGGCGCUCAAGUCGGUCUCCGCGAGCAAGGAGAACGACCGACUGACGAGCGGACCGGCCAUCAAGAGAUCGGGCAGCGGCAAGGCUGACCCGGCUAAGAAGAAAACGGAAAUCGAUGUGACGCCGCCGGCCGGCCCGUUGAAAACUUUCCCCAGAAUCGAGCCUCGUCCCGUCGUCCAGUCCGUGAAUCUUCAGGGUCCUGUAUCCUUCACGAGCGUCGAUCCGAAGCCCGUGUUACUGCUUAUGAUGAACAACAGCGGUACGCCAGCGGAAGUCGCGAAGCAGCAGACCGUGACGAUAAUGACGGAUUAUCCGGGGAACAAGGACGCGUUAGUGACGCUCCAGCGGGAAGCGAAGGAGACGUCGCCGCAGAAGAAAGAGAGCAAGGCCAAGAAGACGUUCCCGAGUAGUAAAUCGCGCACCGGUUCACGCACGACGGUAUCGACGACCGAGUCCACAACUCAGCUUCCCAAGUCUAACACGAGCUCCAACACAGCUUCUAACACAGCCUCCAACACAUCCUCCAGCACAUCCUCCAAUACUUAUCAACUGAUACCGCCGGAAGCCGGGCCGAUCACCGCGCGUCUGCAUCACAGCGCGCAGGAGCUGGUGCGCAGGAUGGGUCAGCUGAUGGAGGAGGCGUACAAGGAGGCGGCUGAGGCGGGAGACGGCAACGGCGAGAAUGGCACCGCCGACAAUUAUCAAGCCACCAUAUUUUUCCUGCGUAUGCAAAUCGAGCAUAUGAAGUGGCAGCAUCAGCAACAAAUGGCUGAGCUGAAACACAACGCCGAUCGCACGAUGCGCGAGAUGCGAGCGAGUAUGGAAGCGGAGAAGCUGCGGUCAGUUCAGGAAGCGCGCCGGGAAGUCGAGGAGGACAAGAUGCGGUGUAUCGAGGAGACAAAGCGGAAGCAGUGGUGCGCCAAGUGCGGACAGGAGGCGUUGUUCUACUGUUGCUGGAACACCGCGUAUUGCGACUAUCCUUGUCAACAGUUACACUGGCCGAUGCAUAUGCGGACGUGCUCGCAGAAACCGGCGUUCACCACCAUCGUCACCUCCAGUUCGAACUCGCAAGCGCAGAACGAUAACAUCGUGCAGGAUCCCCCUCCUGGCAAGGUAUGCGCUCUACAACGCAGCAAAUUGAGCGGAAUUUCAUCGUCAUGGUCUACUUCGUCCCUAACAAAUAAGGCUAAGCAAGAUUCGCUCUAGACGAAUAGUUUCUCUUUCUUUCUGUUUUCUAUUUAUGACCGUACGUCGGAAGCAAAUUCGGUGACGGCGCGGAUAAACGCACGAAUACCCCGUCUCUCUCGCGAGUGUGAAGUGACAUAUGAGUGCGACACAAGCUCUGAUAGGAAUCGUUUGUUCCUUACGACCGAGAAAACGUGUGUAUAGCUGGUCUCUUGUGAAGGGGAGGAGGUAUGUUUUCAAAUGUGCAAUGUAAAUUGCACAGCGUCUGUGCAAUUUUGACGCGUCAUUAGUGCUCCCUGAGCGAUUAAGUUAAGAGCGACUCGAAUGUAGCGAUAUAUGUUUCGGUUAAAUAUUUUCAGUAACUUGCGGUAUUAUGAAAUUAUUUCGUACAAAAUAUGGCACUAAAUGUUCUUAUGAUACAAUAAUUGUCAAUUUUUACACAUUCGCUACCACGGCUCAUUUCGACCUGGUUUCUUUUAUUAUAUAUUUUUUAUAUAAGAAUGGGUUAUAUAUAUAUAUAUUAUAUAAUAAUGGGUUAUUAACAAUUAUUUUUCAUAAGAAACAGGCUUUGUUUGUGCUGACAUGGAAGAAAAAAUUGUCAAAAACAUACGUGAACUCUCGUGCAAAAUCACUGUUACACGCAUAUGGAUCCUGGUGGUGAAUGUGUUAAUCGUUUCGUUGCCGGAAUUUGCUAAUGUACGAUUUAUAUUUGCUUCGUAGUUACAUAAUUUGUACAAUUUUUCCGCUUAUCCUCUCUAUGCCACAUUCGUUCGGAGCGCGUCGGAACGCUUCGGAGAGUAAGAGAGACGAAAAUUAUUUUUUCAAUAAAAGAAUUCCGCAACGGAAGGCGCACACACAUACACACACACACACACACACAAUACAUACGAACUAUCGAGAUAAGACAACUGACGUUCUUGUAAAGAAUGAUAAGCAAUUGUAAACAUUUAUUUUCUUUGUCGUGACAACUUUUGCGAUUAGAAUGAAAUGUGUAAUUAUAUGAGGAUGAUUUUAUAAGUCCAUCCGAACAACAAAUAUCUCAGCGCGUUUAUUAAUAAAAUCAAUCAGCAGAAAUAUUGUAAUUACGUGUUGUAUGACCACGCUGUAUCCCUCGGCAAGAUGUCGGCGACACAUGCCAGUAUUUUUAUCGUGUCCGCCUUUUAAACUUGAAAGGAAAAAAAAUGAUCCCUUCAGAUUACAUUAUCGAUUUGCGCGAAAUGACUUCUGAAGAAAGAAAAACCGGAUGUGUGAGCGAUAUCUCGGAAAUCAUUCUUCUUCGCGUACGUCGACACGAUGUGUGUGUGUGUGUGGAUUACGUAAUCGAGUGAAACGACAUUUCAAGUUUCGCGCGUGCGAGACAGCCCGUUCCGUCGCAACAUGGCGGACGGAAGUAGACGUCACCCAGUGCCAACUGCCAGCCAACGGGGCUCCGUCGGGCUACUCUUUUUAUGGGAGGAAAAGCACUUUUCUCCGUCCCCGCGGCCUCCGUACGCUUUUUUCACAUUGGGUACGUGAAAGCGCCGGCGGCGAGCUAACGGACCUUCUUCUAUCGUCCUUCUCGAAACGCGCGCGACCCUCGGAGGCAGUUGGCCGUCAAAUUACGUCCCGACGGUGACUCGCGAGAGACAAGAACGGAAAGAGAGAAAAAAAGAGGCCGACGUAGCGAAAAAUAACAACUGUUUAGUGUCAGUGGGCGAGAGACGACGAGAGA